CCCCUGCUCAACUCUAAAAUGCAGGCAGGUGGGCCAGCUUCGAAUCCAACAACCUUUGACGUGGUCUGCCAAAGUCAUUGAAUGGCACAUGCCUGUUUUACUCGCAUGCUGCUCGCUCAGGUGGUGUAAAUGAAUGGGGAACACACGCGGAAAAGCUCGUGCCAGUGACCGCGGCUGAUUGGAGGAGGCCAGACAACAUCGGCCAUACAUUCCCGGUUUGAAUAUUGCGCACUUGCGCGCAAACGCCAUACGGCGCACUCGAAUUAGAGAGAUGGCAAAUACUCUACGCCGCCGAGCAGUCGGCAACGACACGCCCUCCGAAUCACCAACGCCUCUAGAGGACGAUGUGGUCAAGCCCGACAAGGUCAACAUUGUCCAUCACCACCGGCCCAAGACACGUAAGCGAAAGACAACGGGCAUUUUCCUGCUGGGCAGUCUGUUUGGGAUCAUAGCUGCCGGGUUCUUCGCGAAGAGCAAUGACUUGAUCGCCUUGCCCGAACUUGGGGAUCUGAGAAUGGACAACCUAUUAGACGUGCUCCCCGCCGGGUUGUCUUCUGACGUGCGGGAGCUAAUAAUGGGCGAACGCGCUCUCAUUGAGAGCCACGAUGCCUUCUCUGUGGGCCUCAAGAUCAGAUCUGAGGGCCUCUCGGCCCACCACCCCAUCGUCAUGGUUCCUGGGGUGAUAUCCACGGGUCUGGAGUCUUGGGGCACCUCGAACGCCUCCCUCCCUUAUUUUCGGAAACGUCUUUGGGGUAGCUGGAGCAUGAUGAGAGCGUUGGUCUUGGACAAGGAGACGUGGAAGGCGCAUAUCAUGCUGGACAAGCAGACAGGCCUCGAUCCGCCGGGCAUCAAACUCCGUGCUGCCCAAGGCUUCGAUGCCACUGAUUUCUUCAUCACGGGCUACUGGAUCUGGAACAAGAUUCUGGAGAACUUGGCGUCCGUGGGCUACGACCCGAUAAACUCAUACACAGCAGCUUACGAUUGGCGAUUGGCAUACCGGAACCUCGAGACGCGCGAUCAUUAUUUCACCAGGUUGAAGUCGCAUAUCGAGCUGGCGGUGCGGUUGCAGGACCGAAAGGUUGUCCUCACAUCUCACAGCAUGGGUAGCCAAGUCGUGUUCUACUUCUUCCACUGGGUCACUUCCGAACUUGGCGGCAGAGGGGGCAAUGAUUGGGUGGAGCGGCACAUCGAGUCAUGGAUCAACGUUAGUGGCUGCAUGCUGGGCGCGCUCAAGGACGUCUCGGCCAUUCUUUCCGGCGAGAUGCGGGACACCGCUCAGAUGAACUCGUUUGCCGUCUACGGGCUCGAGAAAUUCUUGAGUAAGGCCGAGCGAGCGGAAAUCUUUCGUGCCAUGCCGGGCAUGUCUUCCAUGUUGCCAAUGGGCGGCGAUGCCAUUUGGGGCGACCUCAGCGGGGCGCCAGACGACCAGCCCGGCCAGGAUCACACCUACGGCUCGUUCCUAAACUUCCGGGCUGGCCAAAACUGGACGACUCCUGACCGGAACUUCACUGUGGAUGAUGCGAUGAAAUACCUCCUCCAAACAACCGAGGGCUGGUAUCGGGACCAAGUGAUGGGAAGCUAUUCGUGGGGCGUCGCUCAGACGACCGCUGAAGUCGAAGCAAAUGAACAAGAUCCGAGGAAGUGGAUCAAUCCCCUGGAAACUCGUCUCCCGCUCGCACCCAACCUGAAGAUCUACUGCUUCUACGGCGUGGGCAAGCCGACCGAACGAGGGUACUACUAUCGCUCGCCAGAACCCAGCCCCUCCAACUACCUCAAUAUGACAAUAGACACAGGGCUGACUCAGGGAAUGGUGGAUCAUGGCGUGAUUAUGGGCGAGGGCGACGGGACGGUCAACAUUAUGAGUACGGGCUUCAUGUGCAACCGAGGGUGGAAGAUGAAGAGGUAUAACCCAGCCAAGGUGAAGAUCACGGUGGUCGAGAUGCCCCACGAGCCCGAGCGCUUCAACCCGCGAGGUGGGCCCAACACGGCAGACCAUGUUGAUAUCUUGGGAAGACAGAAUCUGAACGAGUUCAUCCUGAGGAUCGCGGCCGGCAGGGGGGACACCAUUCAGGAGAAUGUUGUGAGCAAUAUCCGGGAGUAUGCGGCGAGAGCAAAGGUGUUUGGUGAGGAUGGCGAUGGUGUAUGAAUGAAGUGGUUGUUUGAAGGCGUUCUUGGGCUGGCAUCUGAUGGAGUAAGGAAGGUGUUGAUGAGAGACCAUAGAGCUGUGCGGUUGGGAGGUUGAUCUUUCCACGUACGUAGAUUAGACUACCUAUUUGAUACCCCAUCUAGUUUCGUGUGACGAACAAAAGUGCGUCCGCUGGUCUAGUAUGUUCACUUGUCGGAUUAGGAAG